GCUCUUCCAUUCAGUACACAGACCGUCUAAAGUAGCCUGGCACCUGGAAGCCCAGACACACACACACACACGGCGCGCCACACUUCCAUUGCUCGGUGCAACUUUAGUCCAAACUCGCAAACCCAAUCCCCUGCAACGCACGGCAAGUAGAUCGAGAAAUGGGUGUUAGUAAUGUCGAUGGUGUCAACACGGCCAGCUGCGGCGCCGCCGGUAGUACUGGCCACGGCCGCACCGUGUGCGUGACGGGCGCCGGCGGAUUCAUCGCGUCAUGGCUCGUGAAGCUCCUCCUGGAGAAGGGCUACACCGUGCGCGGCACGGUCCGGAACCCCGAUGAUGUCGCGAAGAACGCUCACCUGACCGCCCUGGACGGCGCGGCGGAGCGGCUGAGCCUCUUCCGGGCAGACCUGCUCGACCAGGAGAGCCUCGCCGCCGCGUUCCGGGGCUGCGAGGGCGUCUUCCACACCGCCUGCCCCGUCACCGAGGACCCAGAGAAACUGAUCGAGCCGGCGGUGAACGGGACACGGAACGUGCUGAACGCGGCGGCGGACGUGGGCGGCAUCCGGCGCGUGGUGAUGACGUCUUCGAUCGGCGCCGUGUACAUGAACUCCGGCAACCGCGCCGGGGAGGCCGACGAGACGUGCUGGAGCGACCUCCAGUACUGCAAGGACACCAAGAACUGGUACUGCUACGCCAAGACGAUCGCCGAGCAGACCGCCUGGUCCCUCGCCGCCGCACGGCACCUGGACCUCGUCGUCAUCAACCCUUCCCUGGUGCUCGGCCCGCUGCUGCAGCCCGCCGUGAACGCCAGCACGACGCACAUCGCCAAGUACCUGGACGGGUCCGUGAAGACUUAUUACGCCAACGCGGCGCAGGCGUACGCGCACGUCCGGGACGUGGCGGACGCGCACGCGCGCGCCUACGAGACGCCGGACGCGUCCGGAAGGUACCUCUGCGCGGGCGAGACCGUGCACCGCGCCGAGGUUUGCCGGAUACUGGGGAAGCUCUUUCCGGAGUACCCCGUGCCCACAAAGUGUAAAGGUGGGGAAGGUGAGUUGAAGAAGGGGUGCCGGUUCAGUAACCGGAGGCUGAAGGAGCUUGGGGUUGGAGUUACGCCGACCAGCCAGUGUUUGUAUGAGACCGUUACUAGUCUCCAGGACAAGGGCCUGCUGCCCAAACCUCAAGCUCAUGCGUGGUGAGAGUGCGAGAGUUCAAUUAGACUGCUGGACCUGUGGCCUGUGUGCCCGUUCCAGGAUUGCAAUUUAGUUGCACCGGUUGUAUUUUUCUCAUUCUUUUUUUUCUCCUUUCAGUGCCUUUCACCUCUUUUACUUAAAUCGUGACACAUUUGUACUCCAUGAUUGAAAUGAAUUAAACUAUAUUUGUCGAUCAUGA